AUGGAAAGCAAAAUACAAAAGACUGCUCUCCUACUAGGCGCCGGAAGUGGUAUACUUCCAUGUCCGACUUAUUUGUGGCAUCCUGAAAACCCCAGGACACUACGAGAGGCAACUUGCCUAACGCAAGCAAAACUCCAUCCGAUAUUAUCUUCACAAAGCAUUUGGACGAGUUUUUUAGUAAGUCUCUAAACCAGUUCAACGUUACUUACUUUGCCGAUGACUCUGACACCGGCGUUGAGGCAACUCAGAAACUCAUAAUAAAAGAACGCUUGAUGAACAGCGACCAAUCGCAGAGUAGUCGAGUUCUAAUCUGUAGCCCUCCCCAGUUAGUUCAGCUGUAA